AUGUCAGGAGGGAUACAGGGUUUAGAUGAGGGUGACAUCCUUGAUCCUGAGUUUCAGCUGCGUUUAGAAGAUGCCCGUACUGUCCUGAGGCAGGAGAUCCAGCGAGAGCUGAAGAUAAAAGAAGCAGCAGAGAGACUGCGGAGAGCUGUGACCAGCCGCAGAAAUGCUGCUGAUGUGGAGGGUCAACUCAAAGCCUCCAGCCGCAAACUGGAGAAGCUCCACUGGGAGCUCCAUGAGCUCAACGCAAGGUCCAUGGCCACAGAGAAGAAGAGCCUUAAAAAUGCAUCAGAUGAAGUUAACAGACAAUCCUCAGAGGCAUGUCAGUGGGAGGACACUUCCUCUCCUCUUGUUUGCCGUGUCAGGACUCUGAAAAAGCAGUUAACCAUGGAAACAAAGGUUAAACAGGGUGCGGAAAACAUCAUUCACACGUACCACUACAGUGCAGUGAAGGACAGAAAGAUGCUGUUAACUGCUCAGCAAAUGCUCCAAGAUAGUCGCACUAAAAUUGAGUUGCUUCGAAUGCAGAUUGUUAAAGUCACCCAAGCCAAAGAUGACGAACGUGAUGGCUCAGUUGGUCACCCAGUCGAUAUGAUCAGUCCUUUGGAACUGCGUGUAGCAGAGCUCAUGCACCACAUGAAGAUUGAAUCGGCGGUGGCAGAAGGUGCUAAAAACGUAGUAAGGCAAUUGAGCGGACAUAAGAUCCAUGACAGACGCAUCCUAGCAGAGGCUCAGGCCCGAAUGCAUGAGUCAUCUCAAAAGGUGGAUUUGCUGGGCCUGUCUUUAGAAAGGCGAUUAAAUGAACUACCGCAGGAUCAUCCUAAAUAUGCUGUGAUCAAGCAAGAGUUGGCUUCAUCCAUAAGUAGCCCAACAAAACUACCUCACGCCCCAUCAUCAACUUGCUCUUCCUCCCUUUUUAAGCCAGCAAGUCUAACAGGCCGGUUAGAGGUGUGUUUGAUGGGGUGCCAGGACCUGCUGGAGAGUGUACCGGGCCGCAGCCGUGUCACCAGCGUGGCUGCUGCUGGCUUUAUGUCUGAUGGAAAGUCUCUGAAGAUGAGAGCUGGUCUUUCAGGCCGAAGCACCAACGGCAAGACCAACAAGGCAGAGGAGUCAUCUGAGAUAAGUGCGGUGCUUAAGGUGGACAACAGGAUUGUAGGGCAGACGCACUGGAGACAGCUGGGGAAAGAAGCCUGGGGACAGAGCUUCAGCAUUGAACUGGAAAAGUCUAGGGAGUUGGAGAUCGCAGUGCACAGGAGAGACUGGAGGGCCUUAAGUGGGGUCAAGUUUCUUCGACUUGAAGACUUCCUUGACAAUCAGAGACAUGGAUUGUGUUUGGAGCUGGAGCCACAGGGCAUCCUCUUUAUUGAGGUCACAUUCAUCAACCCUGUCAUUGAAAGACCUUCCAAACUUCAAAGGCAGCGGAGAAUAUUUCCUAAAGAAAAAGGAAAGAAUUUCCUGCGUGCCGCUCAAAUGAAUAUGAACUUUGCGACAUGGGGGCGAUUGAUGAUGAGCAUCCUUCCUCCUUGCAGCUCUCUGGAGCCCAUGAGUCCCCCGUUGGCCGCUCCCUCCUCUCCCGCUUCCCCUCUGCGAGGAUCUGUGGCAAAUGUUAAUAUUAAUGAAGAACAAAGUCAUGCAUCACCAAUUUCCUCCAAGAAAAGCAAAGAAAAAUCCCUUUUUACUGAUGACGUCAGAAGUCCAAUUUCAAAAACUCAACCUUCGAUUCAACAAAAGUGCAAUGAUGGACUAAAUAUGGAGGAUUUUAAGUGCAUUUCAGUGCUUGGAAGAGGACACUUUGGAAAAGUGCUGUUGGCAGAAUACAAGAAGACCGGGCUGUUAUAUGCCAUUAAAGCUCUAAAGAAAGGGGACAUAGUCACACGUGAUGAAGUGGAUAGCCUUAUGUGUGAAAAAAGAAUAUUUGAGGUGAUAAAUGCUUCCCAGCAUCCUUUCCUGGUGAACCUUCACGGCUGCUUCCAGACUGCAGAGCAUGUGUGUUUUGUGAUGGCGUAUUCUCCGGGAGGAGACCUCAUGACACACAUCCAUACCAGCAUCUUCAGUGAGAAACAGACCCGGUUUUAUUCUGCAUGUGUUUUACUCGGCUUGGAUUUUCUUCAUCAAAACAACAUUGUUUAUAGAGAUUUAAAGUUGGAUAAUCUGCUUAUGGACCUUGAUGGUUAUGUCAGGAUAGCAGACUUUGGCUUGUGCAAAGAAGGUAUGGGCCACGGAGAUCGGACCUCAACAUUUUGUGGGACACCAGAGUUUCUCGCCCCUGAAGUGCUCACGGAGAACAACUACACUCGCAGUGUGGACUGGUGGGGGCUCGGGGUCCUGGUUUACGAGAUGCUUGUCGGGGAGUCACCAUUUCCGGGUGAUGAUGAAGAGGAAGUCUUUGACAGCAUUGUCAAUGAUGAUGUGCGCUACCCUCGCUUCCUUUCCCCCGACUCAGUUUCUCUCAUUCAAAAGCUUCUGCAGAAAAACCCUGAGAUGCGGCUGGGAGCAGGAGAAGAAGAUGCUGCUGAGAUCAAAAGCCACAAGUUCUUUCAGGGCGUAGACUGGGAUGCUCUGUUGUCCAAAAAGGUGAAGCCUCCAUUCGUUCCAGUCGUCAAAGCAGCUCAGGACGUUAGUAACUUUGAUCAGGAGUUUACUUCUCUCAAACCUGUUCUCACUCUUCCACGGACGCCCUGUGUCCUCUCAGCGGAACAACAAAACAUAUUUGCAGACUUUGACUUCUCUUUUAUGAGCUGA